GACCAAUAAACACCCCACUCCCUCCCAUCAGAGCAACCUCACUGCGAGCCAGGCAUCUCUAAUCUAAUUAACUUGAUCGCCAUGGCUGCUCCUGCCUUUCUGCACUGCCUGCUCGCCAUCUGGCUCCUCUCCUUCGCCGCCCACGCGCAGCUCACGACGGACUUCUACGACGACUGCUGCCCCAGCCUGGAGGCCAUCGUGCGGGCGGGGAUGAACAAGGCCAUCCGUAACGAGCGUCGGAUCGGCGCCUCGCUUCUCAGGCUCUUCUUCCACGACUGCUUCGUCCAGGGCUGUGAUGGCUCGGUUCUUCUCGACGCCGGCGGCGACGGCGAGAAGGAAGCCGUACCAAACAAUAUGUCCAUCCGUGGCUUCGGUGUCAUCGACGCCAUCAAGGCCAGCGUGGAGGCGGUGUGCCCGGGCGUCGUCUCCUGCGCCGACAUCCUCGCGAUCACCGCGCGCGACGGAACGUUCCUGCUGGGCGGGCCGACCUGGAGAGUGCCCCUCGGCCGCCGCGACUCGACGAAGGCGAGCAAGGAUUUGGCCGACAUGAACCUCCCGCCGCCGACGGCCAACCUGUCCACGCUGAUCGGCCUGUUCGACCGGCAGGGGCUCUCACCGGCCGAGAUGACGGCGCUGUCGGGCGCGCACACCAUCGGCCUGGCCCAGUGCCUAAACUUCAACGGCCGCAUCUACAAGGACGCCAACAUCGACCCGGCCUUCGCGGCGCUACGGCGACAGACGUGCCCCAGCUCCGGCAACGACAACCUGGCGCCCAUCGACGUGCAGACCCCCGGGGCGUUCGACGCCGCCUACUACCGGAACCUGCUGGCGAAGCGCGGCCUGUUCCAGUCUGACCAGGCGCUGUUCAACGGAGGGUCGGAGGACGCGCUGGUGCGGCAGUACAGCGCCAACCCCGCGCUCUUCCGGAGCGACUUCGCCAAGGCCAUGAUAAAGAUGGGCAACAUACAUCCGCUCACCGGAAGCGCCGGCGAGAUCAGGAAAAACUGCCAUGUCGUCAACAGCUAGCUCAUCGGUCGGUCGAUGACUGACUCAUAUGUAUACUGCUCUAAAGUCGAUACCCAGGGCGUGCACUCGUGGCGUUCUUCAUCUCGUUCAAGAAUAUAUAUUUGCGAGACAUACUCUGAGCAUUCGUGGCGUUCUUCAUUUCAGACACUUUGGAGGAAGAAAAAACAGUUCCAGCA